AUGCGUUUCUCAAAUUUUCUAACUGCAUCUGCACUACUGACUGGGGCUCUAGGUGCUCCGGCUAUGCAUCAUAAGCAUGAAAAGCGUGACGUGGUUACCGCAACAGUCCAUGCACAAGUUACUGUUGUCGUUUCUGGAAAUACUGGGGAAACUAUUGUUCCAAUCAACGAAAAUGCCGUUGUAGCCACUACCACCAGUUCUUCGCUCGUUUCCCAAUCUACCGCACCUGUUUUAGAAGCGUCAACUUCCGCUAAUGUUGCGACUUCUCAACAAGAGACUACUACCACCCAUGGAUCUUCUUCUAUAGCAUCUACGGUCGUUUCUUCGUCAUCUUCUUCUGCCGCUUCAUCCUCCGCAUCCUCCAGUAUCUCUGCCUCUGGCGCUAAAGGUAUUACUUACAGCCCUUACAAUGACGAUGGAUCUUGUAAGUCUACUGCUCAAGUUUCCUCAGACUUGAAGCAGUUGACCGGUUUUGAUAAUAUCAGAUUAUACGGCGUUGACUGUAGUCAAGUUGAAAACGUUUUGCAGGGUAAAACCUCAAGUCAGAAAUUAUUCUUAGGCAUCUAUUAUGUUGAAAAAAUUCAAGAUGCCGUUGAUACUAUUAAAUCUGCAGUUGAAUCUUACGGUUCCUGGAGUGAUAUCACCACUAUUUCUGUCGGUAACGAAUUAGUAAACGACGGUUCUGCAACCGCUACUCAAGUCGGCGAAUACGUUUCGACCGCUAGAUCUGCUUUAACCUCUGCUGGUUAUACAGGCUCAGUCGUUUCUGUUGAUACUUUCAUCGCUGUUAUUAACAAUCCUGAUCUAUGCGACCAUUCUGACUACAUGGCUGUCAAUGCCCAUGCAUACUUUGAUCAAAAUACGGCGGCUGAAAAUGCAGGCCCAUGGGUACUUGAACAAAUUCAAAGAGUUUACACAGCUUGUGGCGGUAAGAAAGAAGUUGUCGUUACCGAAACUGGUUGGCCAUCCAAGGGUGAUACAUACGGUGAAGCCGUUCCAUCUAAAGCAAACCAAGAAGCUGCCAUUUCCUCCAUUAAAAACUCCUGUGGUUCGUCAGCUUACUUAUUCACCGCUUUUAAUGAUUUGUGGAAGGCAGAUGGCCAAUACGAUGUUGAAAAGUACUGGGGUAUCCUAUCAAGUAAUUAA